AUGGCUAUAUGUUUGAGGACCAAGAACCAUGUUCCGCCGUUUGGCCCACUGAGCUCGGACAUCAUGGAUCUGGUACUGCAGGUGGCCGAUAGAUUACCACAGCAGGAGCCAUCCCAGCGCCGAACGACGCUGGUCAACGCAGCAUACGAUUUCUGGGUAACGAGCAAGCCAGAUAUGGAGACAGCCGUAUCAAGGCUGAUCGAGGAGCUCACAAAGACUGUCGAUGAAUGUCCGGUCGAGCCAUCUGUCGCCGAGGAGAAUUCAUUCGUCUUACAAAGGAUCGACGUUCAAACCCUCCGAAGAAGCCUGGACAACUUGAACUGCAAUGGGGCUUUCGAACACACCUCGGACGCAUACUACCUUGGAUACUUCGUCGAAAACCAAGCGGUGUGGUCGCAAUUGGCACCGGCCAGUUGA